CCGCCACAUCUUCCAUCAGUCUCUGUCAACGCAUUCCUCUUAUGGCGAAUGAGGAUUACGACGAAGUCGACUACGGCGAUGAUAUCAUAUCGCUUCCACCAGAGGAUGAUCGUGCUGACGACUUCCCUUUUGAUGACUCUAACCCGCACGAGUCAUUGCAACGCGUCACGCUGGAUGCUACGGUCCUUGUAACUCCAGAUGCUCCGGGCGCCCACAUGGAUACACAAGUCGAAGAGGCUGUUCCCAUGAUAACAAUCGCGGAUGAAGUGUUUGAGACGCGGGUGGUUGAAGACGGUACGUUGGUUGCCAGUUCCAAGGCUGAAGCUCUCGCCCCUCCGCCACCAGUUCCCGUGGUGGAGGCUGCAUCCCAUACCGAGCGUACAUUGAAGCUGGAAGUCCCCAAGAUGGCGGAGCGGAUCUCCGCGCCCAGAAUAGGACACCAGUCCCUCCCUCCCAAGCCUGCGGAGGCCCAUGUGGGUAGGCUCAGUCCUCAGGAACUCACUGAGGUUCGGUCUAUGCUAGCCGAUAAUGACCCCCGCAUACAACGUCAACGACCAGCAGAACAGCAGCCUAUGAUCAAACUUCCACCAGGAUGGGAGGCGCGCACAUCCAAAUCUCGAGGAAAUACUUACUACUACAACACGAUGACGCAAGAGAGCGCUUGGGAUAUUCCCAGCACCUCCUCGAAUGCCCCUGCUGCCUCUGCUACAAUAACAACUGGUGGAGUUGGUGGCACUUCGGAUGCAAACAACCCUAAACCUACUCCCCUUGGUAUCACGAGUACUGCUAACGAGCGAAGGGGGUAUGAUCAUUACAGCCCUCCGCAUAAUGAUCGUGAUGCGAUGGAGCGCUCAAGGGGUCCUACAGCCUGGCCCACGGAGAUUGGACGCCCGCCAGCUAGGCGCGGUGGAGCUGAUCGUUAUUCACCCCCUCGCAAUAUCGAUCGACCCUUGCAACGCGGUCGAUCUCGUUCUCCGCCUCGUCGCGGUGCAUCUGCCGCCCAACCGCCGGCUCGUGAUCUCCCUCCUCGAGAGCGGUCACCUCGUCGGCUGUGCUCCCGUUCGCCUCCCUCAAGGAUGGACCCUAUGGUAACUCGUUCUCCCAGGCGCAGCCCUCCACCCCUGCCGCCAAAGCGGGUUGAACCAACGCCUCCUUUACAGAGAUCUCUGAACAAAAGGCCUCGUUCAUCCUCCCCAAUCCGCCGUGGGGUCGACAUUGGGCAACCACAGGCGAAGCGUCUUCGUGAUGCAUCGCCCGAUAGAAGGAAUUUUCGUCCUGAACGGGCUUCUGGUGCUAACAUAACUGAAGAAGAGAAGACCGGUGCACGUUCAGAGCGUAUGGCUGAUGCAAGGUACGAACGGCAUGACAGUCGUGGUCGUUCACCUCCGAUAAGUACGUCUCUGCCCAAUUAUCUUGCGACAGCAUGGUCUUCCCGUGGACUUUACGUCUGCCUGUGGUCCAUUCGGUGUCGUUCAUCCUUCUCUCGGUACCGGACAAAAGCUCAUUGCCGACCCCUUUUAUUUUCAUUUCUUCCCCACGCUCCGAUUGUCCUUUCCUCCACAUUCACUCUUCCACUCCAUCGCCUCUUCUUUCCUCAUAGGAUCUCGCGACGAACCGAUGGCUCUCCUCCCAACGCGCUCAAAUUCGGACCGUCAAGAGCCGCUUGUUCGGCCUUUCCAGUCCAUUGACGAGCAGCCGCGAACGUCCUACGACCGUCCUCCGAUGGACCGUUAUGAAACACAAGCACCCGAACGUCGGGCACCAGAGUCCUAUGAUGAAUCUUCAAGAGCCCCGGGUCGCGAAACCGACUAUCCGACUCGUGAUCGACCCAUCGUCGAUACCACGGUGCAGCAACAGUUAGGACCGCCGCCCACCCCAACACAGAGGUGGGAUCGAUCUAUACGCGAUGACAAGCGAGUAGACGAUCAUCUCCCGCGCAACGGUACUCAAUAUCCAGACAACGGCUACAAUGCUCGUGUAGUUGUUCCCCAGGAAAGGCAGGUUGAUGAUCGCACGAACGGUGACGAGCAGAGGCGUUCCAAUAAUCGGGCAGACGGUCCCCAAGAGCGGCAUCUUGGUGACCGCGCGAAUGAAGCCCAAGGGCGACGCUUUGAUAACCGCGUCAAUGUUCCACAGGAGAGACGUCUCAAUAACGGUACUAAUGGUCCGCAAGAAAGACGUUUUGGUGACCGCACCAAUGGCCCACAGGAGAGCCGUUUCAAUGACCUUGUGACAAGACCUGAAGAAAGGCGUUCCGAUGAUCACCCCAACGGUUCAGAAGAAAGGCGAUCCGAUAAUCGUGCAAACGCUCCUCAAGGAAGGCGCUUCGAUGACCGCUCCAACGGUCCGCCAGAGCAACGGUUGGAUAGCCGUCCGGGUGGACCACAAGGACGGCGCUUGGAGGAUCACGCGAAUAUUCCGUCUGAAAGGCUUCUCGACGCUCGCACAAAUCCACCCCAAGACAGACGUCCUGAUGAUCGCCUCACCGGUCCACAGGAGCGACGCUUUGAUGGGCCUCCCAAUAGACCACAAGAAAGGCGUUUCAAUGAUCAACGGAAUGGACCUCGUGACAGACGUCUUGAUGAUCGCCCGAAUGCACCACAAGAAAGGCGAUUCAAUGAUAAGGCGAAUGCGCCUCGAGAAAGGCCUCUGGAUGAUCGUCCGAACAUGCUUCAAGAAACUCGCUUCGAUGAUCGCGCAAAUAGACCUGGAGAAAGGUGUCUACACGGUCGCCACGACGCACCCCAAGAAGGACUUCUCGACAAUCGCGCUAAGGUUACACAAGAACGUCAGUAUGACAACACUCCCAAUACCGUGAAUAGACCACAAGAGAGGCGCUUGGACGAGCAAACGCCUCGUGAACGACUCUUCAAUGAUCGCGCGAACGGUCCAGAAGAACGAUUUUACAACGGCCGAACCAAUGUACCGCCGGAAAGGGGUCUUGAUAAUUCGACAGCACCUCAAGAAAGCCAACGUGAUGCUCGGGUGAAUGGGCCUGAAAACAGGUAUUCAGAGGACCGUCGGCGACAAGAGCCUCCCGCUCUCCGACGGGAUGACGUUCCAUCGCAGCCUCCCUCCCACGCCCUGGUCGAUCUUCCGCCAAGCAGGCGCUCGCCUCGUACAUCGUAUUCUCGUCCGCUGCAUGGAGAUACGGAUCGGCGUGACAAUCGCAUGCCCUUACAUGUGGAGAUCCCCCGAGAUCAAGGUCGACCUCCUCAACCCCAGACUGCGCCUCCCAAACUCAAUCGUCCAACUAUCAACCGCGACCAGGUUGACGCGUACCCAGCGAGGUCUCACGAGGACCCACCUCGUCUUUUCCCCGCCUCAGGACCUCCCCUGGGUAGGCGUAGCGACGGCCGUCCGAUCAUCCAGCGCGGCGGGUUGACGAGCGGAGGAAGUGGCAAACCCACUGAAGCCAGCGAGCCAGAGCGUGGCCAGCCUCGCCCCCAAUCCACCUCUUCGCCACAAAUUGAUGGACCUUCGCUGCUCAUUGAACGUGAGCGUCGGUUUGCCCCCCAACCUUCGCCGCCUAAUUCCGGAUUUUCGGAACGCCUCGAGCGCGGGAGGACCAGAUUUGACGGUCCACCCUCUUCGUCAUCCACUGCCCCGCGGCCUGACUCGUGGGACUCUCGCCGUUCCCCGCAAUCUGCACAGCAGCAGCGCCUUAGCGGACCCCGCGGUGACAAUCCACACCGCUUUCCGCCUAGGAGGGAACUCAACCAGUCGUCUGAUACGUCGGGUGGUGGCCCGCCCACUCCCGAGCCGAGGCCUCCAAAGCAAGUAGGAUACGAGAGUUUCACUGAUAUGGGGAAAGUCGUUGCGAAGAGGAGGUGGCUGAGGCGGCAAGAGAUCCCGGGAGGAUGGAAGGGAUACCCGUAAGCUGUGCUUAGGCUGCUGAUUACACAAGGGGUUGUUGUGUGACUGGAUUGCGGAAGACUGUAAUGGCACCGAUAUGAUGUACACUGAUGGGAGAGUACUGUAGGUUGUAUAGCUCGGAGAGAUCCUCGCCAGACUAUGACGUAGGUUCAUCGCAUUGUGUACCUACUCGGAUGCGAUGUAUUCUAAUUGUUAUUUCCU